AUGCAGUUGUCAAUCAUCGCAACCGUUGCAGCGCUUAGCUCCCUUGUCCUCGGUCAGGGCAACUUAGCUAACAUCCCGAAGUGCGCCCAAAGCUGCUUCGGAACCGACAACCUUGGCGGCUGCAGUCUUGUCGAUGUUGCUUGCAUUUGCAGUAGCUCAACUAUCACAAGCGUUGCAUGUUGCGCCCUGUCUUCCUGCAAUGCUGCCGACAUUAACACUACCAUCACUUUCGCCGAAACUCUCUGCAAAGGAGCCGGCGUAACCCUGGACACCACCCCCGACUGCGGUGCGGCAAGCUCGAGUGCUUCGGUCUCAGCCUCUUCCUCUGCUUCUGCUUCUGCUUCUGCUUCUGCUUCUGCCGGGUCAUCAGCCUCAGCCUCAGCCUCAGCCUCUUCCUCUGCUGCUUCUGCCGCAUCAUCAGCCUCAGCCUCGCGCUCUGCCUCAGUAUCUGGCACCUCUAGGACGAACACUCCCUCUGGUAGCGCAACUGCAACCGCCUCUCGAUCUAGCAGUGCGACGGCAACCGCUGCUGGUAGCACUGCGGCUGCUGCUUUCCAAACCGCUGGCGCUGGUCUUGGUCUUGGUCUUGGUGCGGCCGUCAUUGGCAUGCUAGCUGCUUUGUAG